AUGUCGCCCACGAUCUACACGACGUUCAUUUGGAUCAGCCACGACACGUGGCUGCACGGGUGGUGGCCCUACGACUUUUUGUCGAUGGACACGUCGAUCGCGCCGCUGUGGUACCUCGGCAUCUUUCUCGGUCACUUUGCAUUGUUUGGCGCCGCGUACGGCCUCUCGCAAGUCAAGGCGCGCUGCCUCCCGACGCUGCACCCCGAAACGUCCAUUCAAGCCAAUGGCGGUCGUCCGACUUCGUACCAGUCGAUUGUGUAG